GUGAAUGGAAGAGGCGGAGUACAAAAUGAGACCGUGCGUGCAGUGGUGGGCGAGACGGCUCACGUGACCCAGCAAGAUGGCGACCGCAGGGCAGAGUGGACGUGAGUAUUUCAACUGAGCAGGCUCCGUUUUUGCUGUGGAUUUGGAUCCGCUGAUUAAUUACUGUCCAUCAUCAUCAUCAUCAUCAUCAUCAUCACAACAGAGAAUCAAGAUGGCCCUAAAUGUGUUUGAUCAUGAUGAAUACAGGCCACCAGUGUGGAAGUCUUACUUGUACCAGCUCCAGCAGGAGGCGCCUCACCCACGCAGACUCACCUGCACCUGUGAGGUGGACAACCGGCCUAAAUACUAUGGGAGAGAGUACCAUGGGAUGAUCUCGAGAGAAGAGGCCGACCAGUCACUGAGUCAGGCCGAAGGCAGCUACCUCAUCAGAGAGAGUCAGAGACAACCGGGCACAUACACACUGGCUCUAAGGUUCGGGAACCAGACGAGAAACUUCCGUCUCUACCACGACGGGAAACACUUUGUCGGAGAGAAGAGGUUCGAGUCCAUCCACGACCUGGUCACGGACGGCCUGAUCACGCUCUACAUUGAGACAAAGGCAGCGGAGUACAUCGCCAAGAUGACCAUAAACCCCAUCUAUGAACAUGUGGGCUACACCACCCUGAACCAGGAGCCCACCCUGAAGAAACAUCUGCCACUCAGCCCCGAGGCCCCCGACGGACCUGCUCCGACCAAAGAUGACUGCAAUGCGGAGGAAAGGCUCACAUCGCUGGUGCGGCGGGCCACCCUUAGGGAGAGCGACUUGGCGCCCAAGUACGAGAAGGUCCACAACUUCAAGGUUCAUACAUUCAGGGGCCCCCACUGGUGUGAGUACUGUGCCAACUUCAUGUGGGGUCUCAUCGCUCAGGGAGUAAAGUGUGCAGACUGUGGGUUGAAUGUCCAUAAGCAGUGCUCCAAAGUCGUGCCCAACGACUGUCAGCCGGACCUGCGGCACGUCAAGAAGGUGUACAGCUGCGACCUGACCACACUGGUCAAAGCCCACAACACCAAGAGGCCCAUGGUGGUCGAUAUGUGCAUACAGGAGAUCGAGGCCAGAGGUCUGCAGUCGGAGGGUUUGUACAGAAUAUCUGGCUUCAGUGAGCUGAUUGAAGAUGUCAAGCUGGCCUUUGACAGAGACGGAGAAAAGGCUGACAUUUCCUCAAAUGCUUACGAGGACAUCAACAUCAUCACCGGAGCCCUCAAACUCUACUUCAGAGAGCUGCCUAUCCCCCUCAUCACAUAUGAUGCCUACCCACACUUUAUAGAAACAGCAAAGAUUACAGACCCAGAAAAACGGCUGGAGUCUCUCCACGAGGCCUUGAAGCUGCUGCCGCCAGCUCACUGCGAAUCACUGCGAUACCUCAUGGGUCACCUCAAGAGGGUGACCCAGUGCGAGAAGGAGAACCUCAUGCCCAGCGAGAACCUGGGCAUCGUCUUCGGCCCGACGCUCAUGAGGGCCCCCGAUCUGGACGCCAUGACGGCACUCAACGACAUCCGAUACCAGAGACUAGUAGUGGAAAUGCUCAUUACCAAUGAAGACGUGCUGUUCUGAGAGGAAAGGAGGGAAAGGACAGAAAGAUCGGGACGAUGCUCAAACAGUUACGCGUUGUGAUAAGACGGAGGAACAAGGUGACCUGUUGACUUUUGACAAGGAAAUGAAGGAGAAACUUCAGCAUGGAUAAAAAAGGCAAUGAAGAAAUAUUUGCAAAGAAGAAAUAAGAAUAAAAUGAGUGGCGAUG